UGUUCCUGUCAUGGCUAUUGUUGCAGGAGUUGUGCAGUAUGGCUUACUGCAAGUGUCCAAUGGAAAGGUCUCGGAUGGAGAGAACACUAUCGGAAGUGUGCGAACGGCGACCUGCAAUCUUGGAUAUGAGCUGGGCAGUGAUAAGACAGCAGUGUGCUUAGCGAACGGCAAUUGGUCUAGCAACCCAGUGUGUACUGACGGCACAAACUCAUGCCCUAAAUUAUUCGCUCCAGCCAACGGGCGGAUAGACACAGGGACGGAAGUCAUCGGCAUACGAAGAACGUACUCUUGUUCUGACGGGUACAAAACUAUGGAUCUAACAACAACGGUAUGCUUGAGAGGUGGAAAUUGGUCUGAACCAGCUCCAGCCUGUGUUCGCCCCUGUUCUGAGCAACAAACAAUGGCAUCUUCCACAACGUUCACCAUUGUUGCAGGAGCUAUUGGGUUUCUUGUCGGCUUGAUUAUUCCUGGCACUUUUAUGAUAGUUUAUCAAGCGCGACGCAGGGGCCCGGCUAAGAUCCCCACGAAAAGAGAGACUAGCACCAACGAGCCACCAACGGUUUUUACGAGCAAAUUGACAGAAAAUGAUGCUUACGAGAUGACCUCAACUGCAGUGGAAACAAACCAAGAGCCCCAGUACGAAACAAUGGGCCAGAUUUAGCCAUACAUGCUUUCUAUAUUUCUUCCUCUUCUCUUCUACGUUUUCUGCAUCUGGAGCACUUACCACCAUUUUGCAUAUUCUUUGCAUCCAGCUUAUCGCCCGUUGGAAUUAGCAAAACUUCGGAUAUUUGAGAAAACAAGGCGCUGUUUGCCGAUUCCUUACUUACUAUUUCAAUAUAUUUAGCUUUAUUGUUAGAAUUUGUAGCCCCAUUGCAGCAUGGGCAUCUUUUGCACUUAACCUCCAAGCCGUUACACGUGGACUGUACGAUUUUCUUUCAUAUCUUCACUAGGUGGCAGAAUACAGCAUAUUGGACCAACCGCCGAGCAUGGUGUGCUCGAGGACUGAUACAAACCAGACUGUCCUUGAAAGUCGCCAACUGGACAUUAUAAAUUGUCGAAUACAAUCAAUGUGUUACUUACGGGAGGUUACGUGAAAACAGACCAUUUGCUGUUCUUUUUUUGCGGGCUUUUUUUAGUACUUUUCAAGAACAGUAAGACAAAAUGCAACCACAUCUCC